AUGCAACAAAAUGAAGAUGAACAAGAUAAAGUGAAUGAACAAAUUGAAGUGAUUAAUGUCGACAAUAAAGAUAUAUCCAUUAUAGAGGAGUUUUUUGAUUUUGUACUACUUGAAAGAGAUCAAGAAACUUUAUUUAUUGAACAAGCCUAUAGUCAUUCUACGAUACAACAAAGUGAUGCUGAAAGUGAUGAAUGGUCUAUUGAUGAUAUUAUGAAAAAUUAA